UCAAAUUAAUUGAUAUCAAUGAUGUUGCUGCAAAAACUUUGUGGGCUAGUUUUAGUUUCAAUUUUUGCAGUACACGAAUGCUUUGUUUCUGCACAAAUAUCCGCAGUAGGCGAUCCCGGGAUGAGAAGAGAUGGUCUUAGACUGGCUAUUGAGGCAUGGAAUCAAUGCAAUGAGGUUGGUGAAGAAGCUCCAAAUAUGGGAAGUCCAAGAUAUGCAGAUUGCUUUGACCUCUACAAUUCCACAUCACCUAUCGGGCUGGUUCACAAGGUGAAUGAGAGCGACAACAAGCUUGGCAUAUCAAAUUCAACAUCCAGAGGAAGAAGAGAACCUCUUGAUGUGAACCAAUACGCGGCAUGGAAGCAGAUAUAUUUGGGCACAAAAUGUCAAGUUCAAGACAAGCCAAAGCCAUGGCAGUUUUGGAUGAUAAUGCUCAAGAGUGGAAACAUGGAUACAUUAGCUGCUAUUUGCCCAAACAAUGGAAGAAAAGCCUAUCCCUUCCAAUCCGAUUCCAUAUUCCCAUGCUUCGGAAAAGGGUGCAUGAAUAUGCCAUUGAUCUACCACGACUAUACGAUUGUGCACGAAGAUCAUGGGACAAACAACUGAGGGGAUUUUUAUGGGACAUGGGAUUUGGAUAUUGCUGCUAGUGUUACAAAAGAACUCAUCACACAGAAUGAUUCUUCAUAUUACGAAGUGGUUUGGGAGAAAGAAAUUGGAAAAGGGAGCUGGAAAUUUCAUCAUAUUCUCAAGACAUCUUCAAAGUACCCAUGGCUGAUGCUAUACCUAAGGGCAGAUGCUACAACAGGGUUCUCUGGCGGAUAUCACUAUCAAACAAGAGGAAUAAUGACAACGAUUCCCAAGUCGCCAAAUUUCACCGUAAAAUUCACGUUAGAUAUAAAGCGCGGUGGGGGUCCAGGAAGCCAGUUCUACCUAAUGGACAUCGGCAGCUGCUGGAAGAAUAAUGGGCAGCCUUGCAACGGGGACGUGACAACAGAUGUUACACGAUACAGUGAGAUGAUAAUUAAUCCUAGCAUAGACUCGUGGUGCAAACCGACUAGUCAGCAAUCCUGCCCCCCGUACCACACCCUUCCCAAUGGAACUCGUAUUCAGCGCUCAGAUGAGGAAAAUUUUCCAUACGAGGCUUACCACGUUUAUUGUACUCCUGGCAAUGCUCGACACCCUGAGGAGCCUUAUAACUUUUGUGAUCCCUAUAGUAAUCCUCAACCUCAAGAGAUAUUGCAAAUCUUACCCCAUCCAGUUUGGGGAGAGUAUGGAUAUCCUACAAAGAAGGGUGAAGGCAGGAUUGGUGAUCCCAAAACCUGGGAACUUGAUGUUGGGAAGCUUUCACAAGCACUUUAUUUCUACCAGGAUCCAGGAACUGGACCAGCAGACAGAUAUUGGUCAUCCAUUGAUUUAGGAACUGAGAUUUACAGGUCUGAUAACCAAGUUGCUGAAUGGACUGUUAGUGACUUUGAUAUCAUUGUUCCAAAUCUGGCUGCAAGAGCAAGAACCAAAAUGGGAACAAAGUAAAGUGUCUCACUCCUUUUUCUGCCCCUUCGGGUAAGAAGUUGUUGACAAUCAACACAAGUAUACUGUUGGAUCUCAAACAAGGUAAUAUGGAGAAAACCAGGUUUUAUAUUCAGAGAAACUACCUGAUUAAUAUACAACUUACCCGAUGCAAUGCAUCAUCGCACUAAUACUAAUGAUGCAUAUUGCAGCAGCUCAGGAAAGUAGCAGCAGCACAACAAACUAGAGCAUCAAAGAUGAAGGUUUUUAGCUAUUACAAGUGUUCACCAAUGGUAUUAAACCAUUUUAUAGCCACAAUGAUGUAGGGAAAUGGCAUUAGUGUUAGUAUUUUUUUAUUUUAUUUUACGAAGAUAUUAGUUAUAUCAACAUUUUCUAAAUGUCAUUAUCAUUUUAUUAGGAGAUUGUUUGCUUCUUUUAGAAGAAGAUGACAAGUAGGUCAUUAGCAGUAUACCAGGAGAUAUAUUUCUUCUUCGAAUACCUAUUAAGAAGACUGUAAAUUCUUUCGAGUA